AUGCGAGAACGAUUAGCCCGGGAGGAAAAUACCCGCCAUCUGUUGGGAACAGAAGAAAUACUGAAACAAGUGACCGAGCAAUGUGAUGCCUGUGCCCGCGUAAAUACGACCAGACUGAAACUCCCCACCGGGACUCGAACUCGUGGGCACCGGCCUGGAGGAAGUCCUCACCGAGUAUUCAAUAUUACUUGGGUGAUAACCAAUCUUGGGACGGGACAUACUGCAAACCUGAGUUCCCAACUUGGGGCUCUGACAGACACCUUCCCCACCCUGUAUUUUGAUCUAUGUGAUCUGGUGGGGGAGGAUUGGGACCCCUCUGACCAGGAACCCUUCCCUGGAUACAGAUGCCACCAUCCGGGAGGAAGGAUGGGAAUCCGAGCUAAGGAUUUUUACGUCUGCCCCGGCCAUAAGCCCACCAAGUCAUGCGGCGGUCCUAAGGAUGGUUACUGCGCUGAAUGGGGCUGUGAAACCACGGGGGAUGCUUACUGGAAACCUUCCUCGACCUGGGAUCUGAUUACCCUCAAACGAGGGACGACCCCUGGAUAUACUGGAUCCGGUCCCUGGACAUGUGGAGGCCGGGAUUGCGGCCCCUGUUAUGACCAGUCGGUAAGAAACCUCCAGGGAGCAACCCCAGGAGGCAGAUGUAAUCCCUUACUGCUAACUUUUACGGACGCUGGACGAAAAUCCGAUAAUUGGGAGAAUCCCAAAAUCUGGGGUCUUCGGCUGCAUCGAUCCGGGUGGGGCCCGGUCACCUUAUUUUCAAUCUUCCGCUGGGUAACUCCUAUCGAUUCGCAGGCCGUAGGCCCUAACCGGGUCCUCGCCGAUCAAAAGCGGCCCAGCCUGCCCAUAGCCGAUCCCAAGCCCAUGACCCUGCCUAGGACCACGGCCGCUCCCACAUACAAUACUUCUCUGAAAAGCCCUCCCCACCCCUCCUCAGUUCCCCCUACCGAGGCACCUCCUCCUCCCCUCGAAGGUACAGGGGACAGAAUAUUAGCCUUGAUCCAAGGGACGUAUGCCACUCUGAAUUUAACUCGCCCAGAUGCAACUAAGGUGUGUUGGCUUUGUUUGACUCCGCAACCUCCCUACUACGAAGGCCUAGCAGUUCUGGGCAACUAUACAAAUCAGAGUUCGGCUGAGGCUCUCUGUGGGGCAGCCAUACAACAUAAACUGACUAUCUCGGAAGUAUCCGGGAAGGGGCUGUGCGUAGGUAGGGUCCCUGCCACACAUCAAGGACUUUGCAACGUUACCGAGCCUUUACCCCAGAGUAGCCGCUAUCUGAUAGCCCCCAAUGGAACAUAUUGGGCAUGCAGCACCGGAUUAACCCCUUGUAUCUCCACCGCGGUCCUAAAUGCCACCAUUGAUUACUGUGUUCUGAUAGAACUCUGGCCUAGGGUAAUUUACCACCCAUCUGAUUAUGACCUAAUAGAAACAGGCCGCAGAAAAAGGGAACCUAUCUCCAUUACUACUGCCAUUUUGCUAGGGGGAUUAACCAUGGGGGGGCCUAUAAUGCGUGCAGACAUUCGGUCUUUAGAAGAGUCAGUCGCUGCCCUGGAGAAGUCCCUGUCCUCCCUGGCAGAAGUAGCCCUCCAAAAUAGAAGGGGACUAGACCUCUUAUUUUUACAGCAGGAAGGAAUUUGUGCUGCCCUUAAAGAAGAAUGCUGUUUUUAUGCUGACCAUACCGGGGUGGUAAGAGACAAUCUGGCCAAGAUAAAAGAAAGACGCCAAAAGUACCAACAACUAAUUGAGUCCCAACAGGGAUGGUUUCAGAACUGGUAUAACAGGUCCCCUUGGUAUUCGACCCUCAUAUCCACCAUUAUGGGACCCCUGAUCAUUAUACUUUUGAUUCUGAUGUUUGGGCCAUGCAUCUUAAACAGACUGACCCAAUUCAUAAAAGAAAGGUUGUCGGUUGUACAAUCCCUGGUCUUAACCCAACAGUACCAGCAGCUAAAACAAAGGGAUCUUGAGAUGGCAGAAACUCCUGAAUGAAAGAUUCCAUUCAGUUACAAGAGCAAUGGGGGAAUGAAAGACCCUGGCCCAGUCUAACAGGCAGCUGAGGCUUAUGGAAAAUUCCGCUCCUCCACAGCUGCAUA